AUGGAUGCCCUCGUGUCCCGGCUGGAUGCCCUGGUUACGAACCCCGAUCUCGCGCCGCUGCUGUCGCUUGUAAAGGGUAUUCGCAAUGGCGCCGUCUACGGUGCCAAGGUGCGGUUUCCGCAUGCUCUGGUGAUGAUCUUCCUCUUCCGCUCUGGAACCAUCCGCGAAAAAGUCAAACUCGUCCUUAAUGCUACUCGGCAACAUGCCAGAAAUCUAGCGGUAUUCGCUUUGAUCUAUAAGAGCUCCAUGAUCGUCUUGCGCAAUGUUAACCCCGCUGCGGUUGGGAAGGAGGGGAAGUAUGAUAGCUUCUUUGCGGGGUUGCUGGGAGGCUAUGCGGUGUUCGGUCGACAUAAAUCAAGUAUCACGCAACAGAUCGUGAUCUAUAUUUUCGCACGUGUAGUGCUCGGCUUCGCCAAACUAUCCAUCCAACCCGGCGCGCACCCAUUCUCUUCCCUCAUCGGCCCCGAGGCACGGAAACAAAUUGAGGGCAACGCCUGGGCUGUUUUCGCUUCUCUCAGCUGGGCAUUCGUCAUGUACCUCUUCCGCUGGCACCCCGAGACACUGAUGUCUAGUCUGCGGAGUAGCAUGGUUUACAUAUACGCCGACUCGGACCACUGGGAUUCAUUACGUACCCUCCUUGUCCACAACAAAUAG